AUGACGACAUUUGUUCCUCUCACAAAACUCAGGCCAUUCAAAGACAACUGGAGAAUUCAAGUGAAAUGUUUACAUUCAUGGAAGCAAAACACACCUUUUGCAGGUGAUACUUUCGAGAUGGUCUUAGCAGAUCAAUGGGGUAACAAGAUCCAUGCUACUGGCAAACGAUCUCUCAUGCAACGGAUUCAACGUGUCUUUCCUAUAGAUUCAUGGGGAGUUAUUGAACAUGUUACCGUCACUCCAGCUGGUGGUCAAUAUCGAACUACCAACUACAAAUACAAGAUGGUUAUAGCAGAAGACGCUGUGCUAUCAAGAUCAGAUUUAGCUGAUGAUAGAAUUUUCCUAUCUCUUGCUAAUUAUGAAGAAAUUGAAAAUGGGACCAAGAAGCCAGCUUUCCUCAUAGGAAGAAUUCAUGAACUUGGUGAUGUACAGACUGUUCAAGUUUCUGGCGAAGACAGAAAGAGGGUUCAGUUUCGCUUAGUUGACGCAGAAGGAAACAAUCUAGCAUGCUGUCUCUGGGGAACAUAUGCCGAGCAACUUGAACCAUUUACUGGCAAAGAUCAAACAAUUAUUUGUUUGAUCAGGUUUGCAAAAAUCAAGGAAUUUAGAGGAGAGCUGCAAAUCACUAAUGCUUUUGAUGCUUCACGUCUGUUCCUGAAUGCAAUGAUCCCUGAAGUUACCCAUUUAACUGAAAGAUUCAAGCUACAUUUGGUUGUCAAAGAUGACUCUGCAACAUGUAAUUUGAUGUUGCUAGGCUCUGUUGGUAAGUCCAUCGUUGCAGUGGAUGCUGAAGAAUUAUGGGAUGGCUCUUAUGAGGAGAUUGAAGAUCCAGAGAUACUACCAGAACCUAUUCUUAGUUUGGUGGGAAAGUCUUUCUGUUUUGGUAUUUCCAUAACGUCAGACAAUGUCACAAAUGGUUCAGACACUUUUGUUGUUUUAGAGGUUUGUUCUGGAGAUAAAGUUCUUACUAUCGAGACUGACUCUCAAUCUAAUUCUGAUAUGGUCACUACUUCUUCUACCAUGUCAUCUGGAUCAGCCAUGAUGUUGGAUCAAAUUUCCUCUGAUGAGUGUCCAACUCCUAUAACAAAGCGCAAGAAAGAUGAUUAUGACCUACAGGACCUAACAUCUUCUUCCAAGAAACAAUGCAUCAAGAUCAUCAAACAAGAGAAGACCAAGAAUGAUUAG